UUUCGUGUCAUAACACUGUCAUAAUGCCACUCAAACUUGUGCCUCGCAUUUUGUCACCGGAUUUGCUCUUUGUCUUGAGCAGUAUGGGUCAUGGGGACGAAAUUGUAUUAGCGGAUGCUAACUUCCCAACAAGCUCAGUGUGCACCAAUGGCCCAAAGGAGGUUCGAGCAGACGGACACACCAUUCCAGACUUGUUGGCAGGAAUUUUGCAGUUGCUUCCCUUGGACACUUAUGUACCCCAACCUGUUGCUCUCAUGGACUUAGUGCCUGGUGAUAAGGAAAGAGGCCUGAAGACUCCAGUCUGGGAGAAGUAUAAACAACUGGUGAACCAGUCUGAAGGGAAAGAUAUUUCAAUUGAACUCGUGGAGAGAUUUGCAUUUUAUGAAAGGGCCAAAAAAGCAUAUGCUGUCGUGCACACUGGGGAGACUGCGUUGUAUGGCAACAUCAUUUUGAAGAAGGGGGUUAUUCCAUGAGAGCUGCAGAACUCCAUCAAUAGAACAAAGGAGAUUAUUCCAUGAGAUAACCCAUGUGCAGAAUUCCAAAGCAUUCCAAAUAAGGGAGUUAAUCCAUGAGAUCACUCAAGAUUGCAAACACAUAAAUAUUUGUUUUGUAGGAUUUACAAUCAUUUUUGAACUCCUAUAUAUUUACAUAAUUUUCAGAAAGGGCUACUUUUCAUCUGUUUCAGAUAUUGGGGUUAUCCACAAGUACAUUCAGAAUUAAUAAAUUAAUAUACUAAUACAA